AGAUAGCAGGCUGGCUUUCACAACACGCUUCAUGGCGCUAAAAAGUGUAAGAGAGAAAUAACGCGGGACUGUUGAUGGACUGCAUUUGAAGAACAGUUCGUUCGGAUUAACCUGGCACCGACUGAAUUACAUAUACAGCAGAGAAAUUGGCUUUAUGGAUGAUUAUGCAGCUGUAGGUGUGAGCUAGUUCUCCGGUGUGGAUUUGACAUUUUCUCGUGGAUGUUAUGUUUCUGAAGCAGUGGAGGAGAUUGCUAAUCUGUCACUGUUGGUGUCGACGAUGGAGGAUUUAACCGAACUAGAUCGAAGUGCGAAGCCUUGCAAUAGGUCCGAGAGCUCGCUUCUCUGAGCUGGUUUGUCCCAGUGAGGCGGCUUCCCAUCGAGGUGCUCCUCGCUAGGCCUGCUUCAAAAUGGAUGAACUGCUGAAUCCUGAACUCAGGGAAAAGGCACCUGAUGGUUCGAUUAAAAUUGAGAACAGCUCCCAGCCAAUCAUAUUUAAAGGCCUUGCUCCUAGAGUCAUUUUGUCAAACCAUUUACGAGCCCAGGGAAUGUCUAAUGUGAACCUUGCGGAAAAAGGCAGACAGAAGGUGUCUUUCAGCUUCAACCAGACUAAGAAGCCCCUCCAGAAUGUCUUUUCUUCCACAUCGAGUCCAGAGAAAGCUGCAGCCGAAGUUCCUCCUUCAGUGAAAUCUGUGAUUUCCCCUCCUACAAAUCCAUCAUGGCAAGGUGCUGAAUAUAAUAACGAGCAAGUCGAUGACCCUCCUGUGACCACAGUCGCACCAGAGUCCCAGGAAACACCGUCCCCAGUAUCCCUCCCACCCAAAUCAAAACCUGACCAUGGCAGGGUGCAUUUUAAAAAACAGCUUCUAAGUGUGUCUGAUCGUGAGGAGGCUCCUUCGGUCACUGCCGGUUCAGAUGAGACCCCCUCAGAGGCGGAUGUUUUAAUAAGCUCUGUAGCAAAAAUUGAAAGUGAAACCUCUGAAUCACGCCAAAAUGCUGUUACCGACAGUCCUAAACAAACUAACUUGGAGGAAAGUGCUCAGCAGAAAACUGACACUUGCCUUAAGGGACCAACUGAUUCCUCCCAUAUUGGGAAAGAUCAUAAAGAUUGCUCUGGUAUUUCUGAGCCCGAUGAAAACAAAACUACUCAAAAUCAGUCAGACAGCACCCAGUCUGGUUCAGAGCUUGAUGGGAAUACUGUUCAGACAUCUUCAAGCCAAAAGUCUAGUGACCUCAAGAAUGUGUUGAAGUCUGACAGUCAAAGUACAGCUGUUAAGAAGUCGUCCACCUCCAAACCAGAUGUUUCUGAGAAAUUUAGAUCUGAUAGAAGAGAAGAAAGGGAUGAAAAAGGCUCUGGUCGAAGUAAAGCCGAUAGAGACUCUAGAAACACAUCUUCACGGUCUUCUCGUUCAGACAGAAGGAGGACCAGGAGUCGGUCACGAUCUAGAUCCCGAAGUUCUCGAACUAGUUCCUCCUACUCCAGAUCUGAGAGAUCAAGAAAUGAAAGACAGUCAAGGUCAGAUAGGUCAGAUAGGUCACAUUAUCACGAUUCCGAAAGAAGAUCCCACAGAAGCUCACGAGAACGGAGAAGAUCUCGGUCACGGGGCGAUCGCAGAUCUCGGGACAGCUCGGACUCGGAAGAUGACCUCAGGAAGCCAAGGACUAGAGGCAGUGAUUCAGGCAGGUCCUCUACAUACUCUAGUUCUCAUAGAGAUUCGAAGUCAUCCUCUUACUCUAAAUCCUACAGAGACUCAAAAUCCACUGCUUCAUCAGAGUCAGACAAAAGAACACUUUAUUUAAAAUCAGAAAGAUCUGGAAGAAGUGGAGACUCAGAACCCAGUAAAAGAAGCUCCUCUGAAACUGAAGCCAUUCACAAGAGGUCCAGUGCACAUUCAAAAUCAGAGUCACACAACAGAACAUCCAACCAAGAUAACCUGUCGAGGUCUGAGAAAACAGUUGGAAGGACUAGUGUCAGCUCGGACUCUGACGAGGAGCACAAGAGUAAAUCUCACUCACAAGGCUCAGACAGGUCUUCUCGGACAUCAUCUAAAAAACCAGUUAGUUUAGAGGUCAAAUCUUCAACUAUUGUAGCUAAAACAGAGGAACAAUCAGUAGUCAAAUUCAGUACUAAUGCUAAGCUAACACCUUUAAAUUGUGAAAAAACACUGCACCAAGAAAACUCAAACAAAGUGGAUGUUCAUUCUCAACAUGAAAGCAGUCAGUCAAGAUUAACAAACCAUUCUUCCCCACAAAAACAGCAAGUCAACUCAAAGGAUGAUUUAAAUAGUCCAAAUGUUGAAUUCCAAGAUAUAGAAAAUGAACCUGAAGUCAAGACAAAGUGUCCAGUUGUCUCAGAUGUAGACAUAAGUCAUGUAUCAGUCAUAGGAAGCAAUCAACUUGAAAAACAGACAGAUGAUGAUGUUCAAAAUGAAAUUCAAGUGUUGAAAGAGUCAGAGACCAAAGGUUGUGAUCCUUCUAGCUUGAAUGAGCCAUCUUGUCCAGGUUCCAAUACCGGUCAGAAUUCAUCAAUCUUGUUAGCCGACACUCUUUCUGUGAAAGAUAUUCCACCUAGCGGUUGCUUGAAACCAAACACUAAAUUUGUUUCUCAAUUGUUUCUUAGUAAUGAAGUCAGUCAAGCGCCUAAUAUUUCAAAUGUCCAAACAUUGCAUGUGGUCAGCGAGCAGAGUAUCAAGCCUGACCAGCCUAAAGCUGUGCUGAUAAAAAAGGAUGUCCAGGUUAAAAGGUCACGUUGGGACAUCAUUGGCCAAGAGCCUUCAGAAAGUCAAAGCCCCCAGAAGAUAAACCAAGAUCCUGUCUCAGUGAAAAAGGUCGUUUCAGUUAAGCGAAAAGAAUUUAAUAAAGAGAAGAACCUUGAGGAAACACAUAUGAAAAAAGGCGAGUCUGUUACGGACCUCUCAGAGGAGGUUGGCCAGCUAGACAAAGAACCCACAGAUUCUCAGAAAGAAACAAAGGAAGGGUUAUGGUUAGGAACUCCACCCUUAGAUGUUGUUACACAACAAACUCAUCAUAUAAGUCUUGGUCAUGUAGGUGAUCAGUCCCCUGCCUGUCAAACUCUUGAAGAACUUCUAAAUCUAAAUUGCAGUCGUGAUACAACUGUUGUUCAAACAGAUCAAAAGUAUCCCAGUUCUAAUGAAUUAAACAGUGAUGACCAACCUACGCAUACACCUCGAGAGAUUGUCACUCUUAACUGUGAGGGUGAAGACCACAGUGAAGAAAGUGAAACUGAUGACUCUGAAUCAGAUUCAGAUGAUGACCGGGAAUCUAUAAAGCGACUACACUCUGUUGUGGUUGUGCCCAAAAAAUCUACUGUUAGCCUUGAGACAGCUGACCAUCCCACACAAUCAACUUCAUCGAAUAUGCCUGGACAGCACUUAUUCUGUCAAGAAGAAGAGUUAAGUAAGGGUAUUCACAGGGACACCUCGGAUAAUAUCAACACAGAAACCAAGUCUGGGGAAUCUCUAGCUGAUGUCAGCAAAUCUGAGUUCUUAUCAGAAAUUAACGAUAAAGAUCCGUCUUCAGUGCUGGUACCCUACCAAUCCCAGAGCAACAUGGUUGACAGCACAAGCCAUUCAGAUGCAAGCAGUGUACAGGGUCAAGAAAACAGAAGCUGCACCGUCCAAGAGGGUCCAAAGGUCUACGACUCAAAUGAACAAGCAUUUGUCUACACUCGGGCGAAUGCACAGAGCGUGGAUGAAUUAAGCCGUCAUCAGUACCACCAUAAACCGGAUAGCUGGCAUGAACGGAAAAGGGGAGGAGGGCAACAGAAAGUCUUAAGCUGCACAGAUGAUUUCAGGAUUCAGAAUGGAUUUCAACUGGUUGGUGACUUCACUCAAGCAGAGCAACCAAGCAGCACAUUUCAACAACCAGACAGCAGUCAUAGCAUCCAACAGCCAUCCCUGGCAGAAAGUGCAUUUAUCAGACAAGGCAUUGCUUACUGGCCACAGACAACUACCUCUGAUGAAUGUAGACCAAUCAAUAGCCAUGUAUCAUCUCAGUAUCACAAUUCAGUCAUCCAAAUUCACCCUGACUCUAUGACCAAUGACAGUGAGGAAGACCAUCAGGGAAAAGCGCUCAGACUUGGUGGAGUGGCUGUACCAUCUGCUGAACCUCCAGUCUCAUCGAUGUUUGUUCAAGCCCAUGAAAUAAGCAGCAACUGCAGCUUUGUGACGGCCAGUGUUGAGAGUAAAACUUUGUUCGAACCUCCCAGAGAAGAUAACCACAAGCCUCAUAGAAGCAGGGGGCCACCUAAGAAAAGACGUCCAGAGUUGGAGUCAGAAUCGGACAAUGAGGCAGAGGCAGGUCUCGCUUCCAAGAGAGAAUGCUUAGAGAGCAUCUUGAAAGAGACUAAAGUAUGCUCAGAACAAGAAAGCAUUAAACGACCGUUGCUCAGUCUGAAAAACUUCUCUGAUGCUGCUGUGUGGAGGGAAAAGUCUAAGCAGAAAACGAUGCCUCCUUACUUUGAUCUCAUUGAAGAAAACCUCUAUCUGACUAAACGCAAGAAGAACAAGUCUCAUCGGGACAUCAAGCGUAUGCAGUGUGAAUGUGCCAUCCUUUCAAGGGAGGAGCGGGCUCGUGGAGUUAUGGCUUGUGGAGAAGAUUGUUUAAAUCGGCUGCUGAUGAUCGAGUGCUCAUCACGGUGCUUAAAUGGAGCAUAUUGUUCCAACCGGCGCUUUCAGAUGAAGCAACAUGCAUACUUUGAAGUAAUCCUAACCGAAAGCAAAGGCUGGGGUUUGCGUGCUGCCAGAGACUUGCCACCGAACACCUUUGUGCUGGAGUAUUGUGGUGAGGUUCUGGAUCACAGAGAGUUCAAGUCCCGCGUGAAGGAGUAUGCUCGCAGCAAAAACAUCCAUUACUACUUCAUGGCAUUAAAGAACAAUGAGAUCAUUGAUGCCACACUGAAAGGAAACUGCUCACGGUUCAUGAACCACAGCUGUGAACCUAACUGUGAAACUCAAAAGUGGACAGUGAACGGCCAGCUUCGGGUUGGCUUCUUUACAACCAAAACUGUGACGGCUGGGACGGAGCUCACCUUCGAUUACCAGUUUCAAAGAUAUGGAAAAGAGGCACAGAAGUGCUUUUGUGGGGCGCCGAGCUGCCGGGGCUUCCUAGGUGGAGAGAAUCGCGUGAGUGUUCGGGCAGCAGUGGGGAAGAAGCAGAGAGAUCGAUCUCGAAAGAAAGAAGCCGUCAGCGCUCUCACCACGGUGGACGAGGAACUAGAGGCUCUGCUUGAGAAUGGUGAAGGUCUGAGUGAUGAGAAACAGGUGAUCUCUCUCUGCCGUUUGAUGGUGCGUGUGGAAACCAUGGAGCAGAGAUUUACUUGUGUGAAACUCAUCCAGAACACCCAGAAUCCUUCUUGCCUCAAGCAGUUUUUGGAUCACCAGGGUCUCUCAUUGUUGUGGAUAUUCAUGGUUGAUCUCACGGACGCCAAAAGCAGCUCUGUUAACAACAUCAAACUGCAAAUGGAGAUAAUGAAGGCUUUGGCCGUGCUGCCUAUUUCCACCAAGAACAUGUUAGAAGAGAGUCGAGUGCUGCAGUACAUUCAGCGCUGGGCUCAGAGCCGUCCACUCGGCCAGCCGACAGAGCAAGACGGUUACUCCAGCGGGAGCACUUCCCGCGCCCACACACCUCUCAACACCCCCGAAGGCCCCCCAACUAGACUAGCCCCAGAUUUGGAUGGAGACACACCAAAACGUGCUGUCUAUCGCAGACUCAAAAUCAUCAGCGAAAACAGCCUGGAUAGCGCACUCUCGGACGCCAGCAAGGUCUCUGACAGCAAGGAGGAAGAAGAUGAGGAAGAGGAGGACGCAGAAGAGGAGGCCUCCCAGACUGAGGUCAAAGAGGCUGUUUCAGAUAAUAAAGAAACCAGUGAGGAAAUCUCUGAGAUCUCGGAUCCGCCGGUGGGACAGGAAGCUUCAGAUGCUGUGGAGACAAGCCAGGCAAAGCUGGUGCUGACUGAGGAGGUUGAAAAGCAGGAGAAAUCAAAAGAGCAGGAACCUCAAGUACAACCAGCCAGCAGACCUGAGGAGAACCAGUCUGAUCCGCUGGGGGAAAAGGAUGAAACCGAGUCUGCAGAGCCAGUGGACACACCUGCUGUAGAUCAACCUGAUGCCUGCAGUGUCGAAGUUAAAGAUGAUGCUAAUGUGACCGAGCAGCCUUGUUGUGUAGAGACUCCAACUACUGAAUCUUACUUGGGAAACGAGGGUGCCGAGCUUUCGCUUAUGGAGACUGAGACGGACAGCGUUUCUGUGGAAGUCAGUGUGUCUGCAGACGCCUCCGAGGCUAACCCGGAAUCUUCUGAGCCUCCAGCAUCUGAUUUCUCAGCUCUCAGCUCGGACAGCGUCCCUGCUACUUCAGAAACCACCACUGCAGAGCAAACUGUCGAGGUUGGUGCUGUAGCUUUAGAGAACAGUGAUUCAGUUCCAUCUUCUGGCACGUUGGAAGCCCUGCCCCUGGGUGUGGUGGCACCAGAGGGUACAGCAGUAGGAACACCUUCCCAGGAUGAAGAAGAAGCUGUGUCUGAUGUGGAAAGUGAGAGGAGCCAGGAGCCUCAGAUUGGAGCUGUUGACAUCAGUGAGAUGGCUGCUCGCCUCCUGGAUGGGUGGAAAGACCUAAAGGAGGUGUACAGAAUCCCAAAGAAGAGUCAGGUGGAAAAGGAAUCAAAUGAUCGCAGUCGUGACAGAGAGGCGAUGCUGACCCCUCGCACCCCCUCCAGCAGUCGCGAGAGGGAGAGAGAUCGAGACCGUGAGCGAGAGAGAGAUCGGGAUAGGGACUUUGAGCGAGAGAGAGACUGGGAUCGAGACUGGGAUCGAGAGAAGGAUUCUGAGAGGUCCACGCCACGAACCUCCGAAAGGAGGCGAAGACGAGGCUCUGCUUCUCCACCUCCCGCAUACUACGAGAGGAGCCGCAGAAAUGAAGACCGUUAUGAUCUGUCCAGCAGUAGUAAGAAGCCUCGAACCAAAGAGGUUCGUAUCAAACUGUCCACAGAAGAGCGGCGCAAACUGUUUGAGCAGGAGGUUGCUCAGCGAGAAGCCCAGAAACAACAACAGCAGCAACAACAACAGCAACAGCAGCAGCAACAACAGCAGCAGCAACAACAGCAGCAGCAGCAACUGCAGAGUCUAGCAGCAUUCAGUCCUUUGAUGUACCCCCCGGGCCAAAGCUUUUUGAACUAUCCACCUGGCUACCCCAUCCAGACCUACGUCGAUCCAACUAACCCCAACGCGGGCAAGGUGCUGUUACCCACACCACCUGUGGAACCAAUGUGUGUUACUCCGACUGGCACAGUCUCCUUUGAGCAGACUUCAUCUCAGCCCCUCAUCUCAGACCUGAGCCUGGCCCCGCAGUCCCCCAGCACUACCCAGGUUCAUGUGACCACUUCCCUGGAGCUUGCCCCUACUGCUCAGCCACAGCAGUUCCUCCAGCCUGCUACGCCGACCCAGGACCCUGGCGUGACGGUGCUUUCAGUUCCCGCGCAGACAGCCAGCGCUCAGGUGCCGAGCCAGCAGGCCUACGCGACACUAUGGGACCCCAACACACAACAGGCAGUGACCGUGCAGACACAGCCUGCUCCACAGUACUCUACGGGCCAACCACAGACUGCCAUCUAUUACCAGGGCCAGCCAUGCCAGACUAUCUACAGCAUUCCUGCAGGCUACCCACAGACCAGCACUCCCGUCAUACAGACGUACACAGAGCCAGCUGCUGGCUACCUACACGGUCAGCAGGUCUACACCGGUCACCAGCAGGGAGUGGUGGUUCAGCAGGGUGGCACUGUCACCACCAUCGUCACAUCUCAGACUGUACAGCAGGAGAUGAUUGUACCCAACAGCAUCAUAGACCUGCCUCCUCCUUCACCUCCCAAACCCAAAACUAUAGUCCUACCCCCGAACUGGAAGGUGGCACGGGAUUCUGAGGGCAAGAUCUACUACUACCAUAUAGUAACCAGGCAAACACAGUGGGAUCCUCCUACCUGGGACGGAGUAACAGAGGAAAUGAAUCUGGACCAUGAGGCCGAGAUGGAUUUGGGGACUCCAACAUACGAUGAAAACCCCUCGAAGUUUUCCACCAAGACAGCCGAGGCAGAUACCUCCAGCGAGCUGGCUAAGAAAAGCAAAGAGGUCUUCCGCAAGGAGAUGUCCCAGUUUAUCGUGCAGUGCCUUAAUCCUUACCGGAAACCAGACUGCAAACUGGGCCGAAUCAGCAACACUGAGGAAUUUAAACACCUCGCCAGAAAGUUAACUCAUGGUGUGAUGAACAAAGAACUAAAAUCCUGCAAGAACCCUGAGGACCUGGAGUGUAACGAGAACGUUAAACACAAGACCAAGGAAUUUAUCAAGAAGUACAUGCAGAAGUUCGGCUCUGUUUACCGACCCAAAGAGGACACUGAGUUGGACUAGCCCCCCUCCUCUUACUGUAACAGCCGUGGAGCAGUGAGCCCGAGCGGCCCAGGCCGAACGAUCCUCACUGCUGGUUUAAUACUGACUAACCGUGUCUUGACUGCUGCUCUGAAAACACUGCAGGAUAAAGUCUCAUCUAACAGACAGAGCGCUGUGCAGACGACACACACAGGGUGCUAUACAGACUUUCUCAGAUCACACACACACACGCUCUGAAGCCUUUCUCACUCUCUGCACUACGCCUUCAGCUACACGGUGUUCCCACACAGGAUCAUCAGCAGCUCGGCUGAGCGCGACACGGAAACUGAAGGUCCAGCUCGUCUCCUCAAGCCGCGCGCAUGAACUGGUUCCCGUCUGAAUCCUCUCGGCCACAGGUGGCUGCGCUUGGAAGUGUAAUUGAAGGAGAUGAGCUUUCUUAUCAUCAGCCGGCAGUCGGACAGGAAGCCCAGACUGUUUAAAACGGUCUGUGCAGGUGGAGAUAACGGUCUCUUCGGGAUCAACUACGGACUCAGGGUAGCAGAGGAUGGUUCUCGGCUUCACAAGCGUCAAAUUUGGCUCCACCGCCCAGUCCUGUAUCAAAUCUGAGGAUCUUAUGAUGUUCUGUUUGCUGCAUUUUUAAUCUUUUAGUGAAUGAAGUGUGAAGGACGUUUGAUAAUGUAUCCAUUCACUCUAAGCCAAUGUUGGCCACUUUUACCCUCCUUACAGCGGGGGCAUGUAGCAUUUCUGGUUUUAUCGACCUGUUUCUCACUGUUUUACAUUAACUCCCUAACUCUUGCUCUUUUAUUAAGAAUCCAACAGGUAAAUGUGAAGCCGUCAGGCAUGUAGUAACAUUGUUCCCCCCCUGUUCAAGAUCAGCGGGGUUCUUGUCCCAUAAGCUCUUCACAUUAUGAACUCAGCCGACCUCAUUAAUUUGCAUUAAAUCACCCCCUUCUUUAACGUGUAUUAUAUUGCUUUAUAUGUGAAUAUAUUGAGAACUCGUUUCUGAGAUCGUUUAAAUAAGUAGAUCCUUUGUAAAAAAGGACAGUGGAAAUCCGUUUAUCAUGUAAAUAUGUGUAUACCAGACUAAUAAAAUCACAGGGACAAGAAUCACUUACAGUCCUGCCAGCAGCUCCAGCACUCCCAUAGCAUCCAGGAUUCUUUGCUUUCCCACAGUUCUCGGUGUUGGGUUGGGUUUGAAACAAUUGUGUGGGUGUCGUUUUUUGCUUUUUUGUUUUUAUUCAUUCCCCCCCCUUUUCUUUCUUUCUGUACGGAAAGAUGUUUUUUUAUGUAUAAGUCGGAGUUGCGCCCCACUCCGCUGUAAGUACUGUGCAAGCACAUUGUCAUACUGAGUGUAAAGAACAUUUUAAAAUAAACCGUUUUGUAAAAAUAA